AUGGAUUCACAGAAUUAUCAGAGUUUAACUGAUCCACAUUUGAAUUCAUACUUUAAUAAUAAACGUAUUCGUCGCCAUUUAAUAAAAGCUGGAUUGAUCAAUCGUCAUGGUGAUAUUUUACCUCCUGUAACUUAUGAAGUUGCACUUGUUAAACGAGCAAAACGUAAACAAUCACGAGAAAAAUUAUCCAAUGCUGUCGCAAAUUAUGUCUUGGAAGAAGAGCAUAGACGUCAAGCAUUUCUUCGUAAUCAUUUCGAUUUAGCUAUAAAACGUGCUCGCGUACAGAAAAUUCGAGAAUCGCUACAUCAUCAACCACGAGUCAUGUUCAACAGUUUAGUUCAGAUUAGUAGACCUGUGGCAAAUCGAAGAGCUCGUACACCAUCGCCAAUUGGCCACAAACGUUCACUAGCUCGAGCAAAAUCAGCUGGACAACCAGCAAUAAAUCUAAAACCUCAAUCACCUCAUCGUUCACCUAAGACAAAGCAUGCAACCAAAGAUAUGCCUUGUGAAGUGACAAUGAUCUACUAUGGACCACAAACAGUGAUUGACUCUAGAACUAACUGGUGUCAGCCGCACGGUGAUGAAAUUAUGGUAAUGCAACAACAUUGUGGUGGUGAAAAUCUUGUUGUUUUCAAAGGCUUCGUUAAACCAAAUCAAAUAUUCACAUUCGAAUCACGUCGUCAUCGCGACUAUCCAUUUGCGGUGGCUAUAUACAUUAAUGGGCUUAUUGAUAGCCGAAUAUCAGUCUGUUGUGAAUACAAACAUAAACAUCAUGUUCGAUUAGGUAGUAAACAUGGCUUAUUUGCUAUAUAUGAUAUUAAAAAAUCAGAACCGUGCCGAACUUGUCGAUUAGAACGGCGAUUAAAAGGAGCAUUGACAGUAUCACCAACAGCUGUCAAUGCAUCAGCUUAUCGAAAAUCAGUUGUUCCACUUACUCAAUCCGCAAAUGAACUUCAUUCUGAUGAUUUACCUCGAGCGCCGAGUCCAUCUACCGACAGCGAAAAAAAUUCACCGAAAGGAAAAACAGAGCGCUGCUGUCUCAAAACUGAACCUAACGUAGUCCCAAAAAGACUUAGUUCAGCAUCAUUGCCAAACAAAAAUAAAAAUGAUGAGUUUCACCGAAAGGAAUCAGUAAGCAGCCACUCGACAGCCACAAUGGAAUACAAACCAAGUACACCAGAUCAACAACCAAUCAAAGGCAAAAAAGAUGACAGUAGGAAGUCAUCCAGAGUUUCAUCGAGUACUUCUAGAAAAUCCGUUGUCGACUCGCCAGUUAACUUGACUAAAACGGAAUAUACUCGUUCUCCAUUAUCAGGUGAAAAAUCUAAUCUUUCGUUGAAACCAUCACCAAGAAUUAAGACUACGAAUGUUGAGCCAACGUUACCUGCAAAAAAGCCUUAUUCUUCACAGAGCUCAUCUUCUGAAGAUGAAAAUGAUAAUAAUUCUUUUUAUAACACAACGAGCGAACAAAAACUAAUUAAGAAGCCAAUAUCGAGAUCAUCUAUGCGUUCAUCAACACCAGAUGAAAAACGCAUCAACAAAAAUAAAGAUCUCUUGCUGAACACUUCGUCGGAAUCGGAGCAUUCUGAAGAAGUCCAUGUUAAACAAGAACGCAUCGAAGAAAAUGACGAUACCAUUUCACCCAUUAAUUCACCAAGAAUCGAUUCGUUUCAAAACAAUACUGCGGAAAAAAAACCAAUCGGUAAAACUAAUGAUCUUUCAUUGAACAGUUCGUCGGAAUCGGAGCAUUCUGAAGAAGUCCAUGUUAAACAAGAACACAUCGACGAAAGUGAUAAUACUACUUCACCCAUUAAUUCACCAAGAAUCGAUUCGUUUCAAAACAAUACUGCGGAAGAAAAACCAAUCGGUAAAACUAAUGAUCUUUCAUCGAACAGUUCGUCGGAAUCAGAAUUUUUCGAAGAACCGACUGAUGAAAAAAAUUAUAUUGAAAAAAAUGAUAGUACUAUUUCGUCCAAUGAUUCAUCAAUGAAAGAUUUUUUUGCAACCGCAAAUGCAAAAGAAGAACCCACUGCAAAAAAUAUUGCUCGUUCAUCCAGUAGGUCAGUAACAUCGAGUUCCACUCGUAAAAGUAGUCCUACACAACAGCCUGCAGAAGAAAAUAUUGAAAUGGUUUCAUCGAGAAUUUCGUCGGCAACGAAAAGUAUUAAUCUUCCGGUAUUAACGGAUAAUCAUACUGGAGAAGAACUUGACUCGUCUUCAUUAUCAUCUACAAUAAAUGAGAAGGAUCAUCAAACUCAGGAAGAUGAAUUCCACUUUCGCCAUUCAUCAACAUCUGCUGGAGUAAGUCCAAAACCAUACGGCAAUACUGCUCAACACUUGGAGAAUAAAAGUAGUUCAAGUGAUGACGAUUCAGAAUCAAUACCUGAUCCUAGGGGGCGAAACGCAGACAAAUAUCCACUCGAAAUUGAAACGGCUAAAACUUCUGUACGACCAUAUCUUCCCAUGGAAAACAUAGUUGUCGUCUGGGUUGAUGCAACCACAGAUAAUAUUGAUAAUGAUACUCUCAAUUCAAAAGUUCAGUUACGACAAGUAGCGCGUACUAUACGAACAUUUACUGAUUCGGAAAAAUGCGUUAAAUGGAUUGAAGAAAUAAAAGAUGGAAACAUUUUCCUUAUCUCUUCUGGUAAACUUGGUGAAGCUAUUAUGAAAGAAAUUGAAUCAUACUCUCAAAUUGCUCUUAUUUAUAUAUAUUGUCAACAGAAGUCCAAUUAUGAAUAUUUAGGUGAUAAAUAUAAAAAAGUUAAAGGUAUUUAUACUGAUUUAUCGACAAUAUGUGAACAUUUAAAAGCUGAUGCUAAACAAUGGGAAAAUGAUUUAAAUACAUUUCAAACAGCUCCAUUAAAUUUUAUGCAAGAACUAAGCCCAGAACAAUUACUAUUUAUAAAAAAUCAAUUGUUCAAAGAAUAUUUACUGGAAGUUGCCUAUGAUAAAGAUGCUGUUAGUGAUUUAGUUGACUAUUGCGAAAGUUUAUAUUCGGAAAAUCCAAAAGAAUUAGAAUUACUAAAAGAAUUGAAAGAAGAGUAUAGAGCCGAUAAUGCUCUAUAUUGGUAUACAAAAGAUUGUUUUCUUUAUCAUAUGCUUAAUAAAGCAAUUCGAACGAAAGAUAUUACAAUUCUUUGCCAAAUGGGAUUCUUUAUUCAUGAUAUCAAUCAACAACUAGAGAAAAUUUAUGCAAUAACAAAAGCCAGAUCGAGCGUAGACGUAUUUCGUGGUCAAGGGUAA